AUGACACAGUCUGCCUUUCUCCCUGCUGCCUGGAUGGAGAGACUGGCCCUGGUCCCCCUGGCCUUGCCCUGUCCCCGGAUCCCACGGGCCCGCAUAACCAAGCAACCGGGUUGCUGGGUCCAUCUGGGCAUCAGCUCUGGCCCCUCUGCAGGACCUGGGAAUCUGCCUCUGCAGGAGCGGCCACCUGCCCGCUGCUCUGUGCUGUGCUCAGCAUGGGAGAAGAGCUUGUUUGUGAAUGGCUUCUGGAUGGAAAUGCAGCGGAUUCAACAGAGGGAUGAGCAGAAAGAGGAGGAUGGAAGGGGUGAAGCCCAGCUCCCUGAGGGGGAAGCUGAAGCCCAGUGGCUGCAGGACACAGGCCUGUCAAGCCUCGUUGGUGGCCCAGGCUUGGAUGGUGAUCACCAAGGGCUCCUGUCUACACUGACACAGACCCAGGUGACUGCUGUGUGCCGCCGGCUGGACGUCUAUGCCCGUUCAGCCCGAAGACGACACAAGGCACCCAUCAGAGAUGUCAGGAACAUCUUUGGGGUCUUCAGUUCAGGGGAAGUGUCUUUAGAGAAUGGGGACUCAGGAAUGAAACGGACCCAGCUCAGUUCCAGGGCUUCUAAGUCUCCUCCAGGAACAGCUGAGCCUGACAGGCCACAGGAGCAGGCUGGGAGGGAGGAAGUCUUCAACAUGGACGCUGCCUACUCAGAACAAGCUGCUUCCCUCCUUCAGAGGGCCAGGCCAUCUCAAGGAGGCACCUGUGCCUGGGGCAAGGGUCCCCUACCGAAGUUCAGAGUCGCCAAAGGCAGACUCGGCAGGCUCGGCGUGACGAGGAUAGGAGACUUGUCCUCGCAGGAUAUGAAGAAGGUCCCUCCUUUGGCCCUCAUAGAGCUGACGGCGCUCUGUGACAUCCUUGGCCUGGACUUGAAGCGGAGCAAGGCGGGGAAGUGGAAAGCCCCAGGUCAGCCCCUGCGCAGGAACCUUGGGGAUGCUG